UGCGCACGCGCAGUGCGCGCGCUCUGACCUUCAGCGGCCGGGGCGGCAGCUCGUGAAGGAGGCAGAGGAGGCCGCAGCCGACCGGAGACGCCGCCGCAGGCACGAUGCUGGCCCGAGGAGCCGCCCUGGUGGGUGGCGCCGCCGCCUCCCUGUCUCAGCCGCAAUGGGUCCAAGUUAGGAACAUGGCAACGCUGAAAGAUAUUACCCGACGCUUGAAGUCAAUCAAGAAUAUCCAGAAAAUCACAAAGUCUAUGAAGAUGGUUGCUGCAGCGAAAUACUCCAGGGCAGAGAGAGAAUUAAAGCCUGCCAGAAUUUACGGAGUGGGGGCGUUGGCUCUCUACGAGAAAGCAGAAAUCAAAGCUCCUGAGGACAAAAAAAAGGUCGUUAUCAUUGGGGUGUCCUCUGACCGUGGCCUGUGUGGUGCCAUCCAUACUUCCGUUGCUAAAAUGAUCAAGAGCCACUUCUCUUCCCUCACGGAAAAGGGAAAAGAAGUGAUGGUGGUUGGAGUGGGAGACAAGCUGCGGGGUCUUCUUCAAAGGACACACAGCGAGAACUUUCUGUUGAACUUUAAAGAAGUGGGAAGAAGGCCCCCCACCUUUGGAGAUGCAUCAGCCAUCACCUUGGAGCUCCUGAACUCUGGAUACGAGUUUGAUGAAGGAAUGGUCAUCUUCAAUCGGUUCAGGUCUGUCAUCUCUUACAGGACAGAUGAGAAACCAAUUUAUUCUCUUGAGACUGUUUCAGGGGCUGAGAGCAUUAGUAUCUAUGACGACAUUGAUGCAGAUGUCCUGCGAAACUAUCAGGAAUUUACAUUGGCCAACAUCAUUUUCUACUCGCUGAAGGAGUCCACCACUAGUGAGCAAAGCGCUAGAAUGACUGCCAUGGACAAUGCUAGCAAAAAUGCCUCUGAGAUGAUUGACAAGCUGACGCUGACGUUCAACCGCACACGCCAGGCUGUCAUCACCAAGGAGCUAAUUGAGAUCAUCUCCGGAGCGGCUGCCCUCAACUAGGACCUAAGGAAUAAACAGAAAGUGAGUUUCAUCUAAAGUCAACAGGUAAAGAGAAGCUCUUCUGGCAAGCAAUUCAUCCUACCUUCCCAGAGAGAAAUGGUUGUUGGUCUGUCAUUCUGUGGGGAAAAAAUCAGGCAAAGAACCCCAACUGUUUGUAAAGCAUAUUUCAAUAAAAGCCCUACAUGAAAGA